UUCAUUAUAAUCCAACAUCAACAUAACCUAAAAUAUAAUCGAACGAUUUUCUCUCUUGUUAACUUUCCACGUUAGAAUUAUUAACAUUGUAAUUUGUGUUUUCACAAUAACUUAAAUAUUUUAGUUUCAUCAUUCAAUUGGUACUGAAAAUUCUUUUUUUUCAAUAUGGAAUUAGAAUUCAAAGAUGUAGAAAACACACCAACUGAUCAGAAACGACACAAAAUCCGUAUAACACUUACUUCUAAGAAUAUUAAGAGUUUGGAAAGUGUAUGUUCUGAAAUGAUUGCCGAUAUUAAGAAAAGGAAAUUACCAGUAAAAGGACCAGUUCGUAUGCCAACUAAAUGUUUACGUAUCACAACGAGAAAAACCCCUUGUGGUGAAGGUUCCAAAACAUGGGACAGAUUCCAAAUGCGCAUUCACAAGAGAGUGAUUGACUUGAAAUGUCCUAGUGACAAAGUGAAACAAAUAACUAGUGUCAAUCUUGAACCUGGUGUCAUCGCUGAAGUUAGCAUUGCUAGCGAGUGAUGUGUUUUUUUAUUUUACUUCUGAUUGAUUUGUAUAACACGACAACUAAGAUCAUGUCUAAUAAACGUUAAAAUACAUUGUAUUGAUGA